CGGACGUUGUUGCUCCGUAAGAGUAGAUAAACAAGUACAGAUCGCGGGUUAAACGACGUGACGAUUAUCAAUCCAGUGAAGUUGAAAUGAAUGUAUAGCGCAACUAAAUUGAACAUCAAACACAAUUAGUGGACUCACACGUGAUAUACUAAGGUGAUUAGUGGAUAAAAGUUUUAGUGAAGCAAACCAAUUAGUGUAGUGCAAAAAACUUAACAAAAUGCAAGGAUUCCGCAACUACGCCAUGGAUGCGAUGCAACAUCGCGACCAACCUAUUUCUGUGGAUUUACUUAAUGCUCAUCAGUACAGCUCUAAAUCAUCACCACCACUGUCGCCAUUAAGCGACUGUAACAGCCCGCCGUCGGACCAUAACCAGCAACAGGCACCACUGGACCCAUCUGUCCGUCGGUACCGAACAGCCUUCACUCGGGAUCAGCUUGCACGGCUAGAAAAGGAAUUCUACAAGGAAAAUUAUGUUUCCCGACCACGGCGAUGUGAGCUUGCCGCUCAGCUAAACCUCCCGGAGUCAACAAUUAAGGUCUGGUUUCAAAACCGUCGCAUGAAAGAUAAACGCCAGCGAAUUGCCGUUGCCUGGCCUUAUGCAGCAGUAUACUCAGAUCCUGCUUUCGCUGCAUCGAUCCUACAAGCGGCUGCAAAUUCCGUUGGUAUGCCUUAUGGAUAUCCACCAGCCCCGAUACUUCCACAAAUGCCAGUAAUGCCACCUCAGAUACCAACGGCUGCAACCAAUCACUUCUCCUACGGUUAUCGUUACGCUCCCUAUCCAAUCCCGCAAAGAAAUGCAUCUCUUCAAACACCCGCCUAUCCAACUGCCGCCGCCGCAAUGCUAAGCAGUAUGCCCCAAGGCUAUACACCAUUAUCCAUUCCGAAACCGCACACUCCUCCGCACGAUCUUCAAAGCCCGUCGUCACCGCAUUCUGCACUUUCCCUAAGCCCCGCAUCGGACAAAUCGAAACUAGACCUCUCAUCGUCAACAUCGACCAGUGCCAGUAGUCCUCUGAAGUCACUAAAUGGAUCCGCUCAAGGGUUGCUUAUGACUGCUGCGUGUACACCCUGUCAAACGCUCCUAACGCCAUCGCCUGAAAAACCAAAGCUUUUUAAACCUUACAAAUCAGAGCUGUAAUCAAAGCUGUUAGUUCUCACACACCUACGUCGCUCAGUUACAUUAAAUGUUUUACUAUCAUUUGACAUGCGCAGUACCUUGUUAAAUUUCCCCGUUAAUGGCGGAAAUUGUGCCAUCAAUAUUGAUUAGGUUCUUACGAUAGGUGAAGUAUUUUUGUUUUCUAUCUAUCUGAAAUACAUUAGAAUCAAACAUUUACACCGUAGCAGAACUGAAUAUGUUAAGCGUAAUAACGAAUGUGUUUGCAUCAAAUGCAUUCAAGUGAAUGAUACAUAAUAGCUUAGUUAUCAUCAAAUCACAAACACGGAUUAGUCAAAUGUUAUUUGUAGUUUGCAUAAUUUAGGAAAUAUUGUAUAUUAAAUCAACAAUUGUACAUAGCAUAUAUUUAAAUUAAAGUGU